UAUCUCCAUUUCGUUGAAAAACCCAAAGAAAGUUUGAAAGUCCUUUUAGAUAAAAAAUGGGAACUUGAUACUAAGAAAGUUAAUAAUCUCGAAAAAAAUCUCGCUAGUUUUAUGGAGUGUUCAGGGUCUCAAGCUAUCCCAGAUUGGAUUAAAGAUCAAUCACAGUGUCAGAAAGAUCUAGAAGCUCUCGAAAAAAAAAGGCAAGAAAAACUCAUAGAGGAUAUUGCAGAAUGCGAUGAAGUUUCCCGAAUUAUAAGCGAAAUAGAAUUUUAUCAAACAAAAUUGAAUGGUCAUGAGCACCUGAAGGAAGAUCUACAAAAAGAAAAAAAAAUUCUCCAAAAUAACCGGGAUUAUCUUGAAAGCCAAGUUUCUUUAAUUGCAACUAGCAGCAGAAUUAUGAAGGCUUUUCUCUUCAUGCGGAAUAAUGAUCUUGAAG